UUUCUCUUUCAACGGUGAUGCCAUAUUAAAUUUCAAUCGCUCAUAGUUUUUAACUCCUAUCUGCUAACUGAAAGAAACUGUUUAUAUUUGAUUCUUUUAAAAACAUAGCAGUAUAUAUACUGGUUCAGUUAGCUGAUUUUAAAAAAAAAAAAUGUUAUAGCUUUCUAAGCCACGCCUCUUGUUUCUUAAUAAAGUAAAAAUUUAGCUGUAAUUUUUAUUUGAUGCUGUAAAUAUUUAAUAACAAAGUAUAGUUUUAUCAUUUCUCUCGUGCUUUUAAAGUUAGGUGACUUUCUUCCGACGACAUUUACUGAUAAAGCGAUGGAGGGCCUACCUCUUCUUCGAGAAGUGACUAAGUUGAUCCUUGACUCUGAAAUUAUUGAGGAUCCCAAAAUAGUUACAGCAAAGCAUAAAGUUACUGAGUUUAAGCACCCCAAGGAGUUGGAAGAAAUUUUCGAUUUGAACCUCGGUGAUGAACCAUCCUCUCUCGAUACUAUGGUGAAACUUUGUCAGGAUGUUCUUAAAUACAGUGUUAAAACUUGUCAUCCUAUGUUUGUGAGCCGACUCUACCAGGGCGUUGACGGAUUCGGACUGGCAGGGGCGUGGCUUACAGAAUCACUUAACACUAAUCAGACAACCUAUGAAGUAGCUCCUGUGUUUGUUUUAUUAGAGAAUGCAUUAUUGGAAAAAAUGAUUAAGUUAGUUGGAUGGGAAGAUGGCGAAGGAAUAUUUUGCCCAGGUGGGUCAAUGGCAAAUAUGUAUGGAAUGUCAGUUGGACGCUUUCAUGCUGAUCCUUCAGUAAAAACUAAAGGCAUACGGGAGUUACCUCCUUUAGUGUCAUUUAUAUCUGAUCAGGCCCAUUACUCAGUGAAGAAAGGAGCUUUAUUCUUAGGGUUGGGAACAGAUAAUGUUAUUGAAAUAUCUACUGAUUCACAAGGUCGAAUGAUACCUGAAGAACUUGAAAAAGCUGUAUUGAAAACCAAAAGUGAAGGAAAAAUUCCAUUUUUCGUUUGUGCCACAACUGGAACUACAGUACUUGGAGCUUUUGAUCCCUUAAAACCGUUAUCUGAUGUGUGUAAACGUCAUAACUUAUGGCUACACGUGGAUGGAGCUUGGGGAGGUUCAACUAUAUAUUCUCGAACUCAUAAGAAACUAAUGGAUGGUAUUGAGAGGGUAGAUUCCAUAACCAUCGAUUUACAUAAGAUGAGUGGUGUACCAUUUCAGUGCACAGUAUUUCUUACUCGCCAUAAGGGUAUCCUCUACAAAUGUAACGCACUACACGCGGAAUACUUAUUUCAACCUGAUGCUUACUACGACACACACUACGAUUUAGGAGAUGAGAGUAUACAAUGCUCACGAAAAGUCGAUUGCUUAAAGUUGUGGAUUGUUUGGAAAGCUAGGGGUGGUUUGGGUUUAGAAAAGCAAGUUGAUACAGCAUUUACUAUGGCUAAAUACUUAGAUAAAAAAGUAAGGCAAACUGAAGGUUUCAUUCCAGUUCUUGAUAAGUUUGAGUGCACGAAUAUCUGCUUUUGGUAUGUACCUCCUAGUCUUCGAGGUAAAGAAAAGGAACCAGAUUUCUGGGAAAAGAUUGCAAAGGUUGCCCCAAUUAUUAAAGGAAGAGCUGUGAAGGAAGGAACUAUGAUUAUAAGCUACCAACCAUUAAAAUCCAAAAAUUGGGUCAAUUUCUUCCGAGUAAUUGUUCAUUGCAUUCCAACUUUGUGUGAGAAGUAUAUGGACGACAUUAUCACGCUCAUUCAAAAAUAUGGAGCAGAUCUUUAAAAUAAAGAACAAAAAUGUUUAAUUUUUCUUUCCCAAGUUUCACAAAUUUAUAGAUGUCAAAUUUUUAGAGGUAAUGUUGUUAAAUGUUUGUCGUUAAGGUUAUGUAACUUUAGUGAUUCAAGUGGUGCUGAGACCGGUGAUGAUGUAUUGAGGACAGUACGUACACAAGGCAUUUGGUAAAAGACCUAAAGUUUAAGUUAUUUUUAAGUUGUAAGAUUUUAAGUACAUUAGCUAAACGUUACAUGUUUGUCAGUUUUGAAUUAUAAGUCAAAGAUUAUAGAUAAGUGUUUUAGCUGAACUAUGUAAAGUUUCGAUAAAUUGUGUUGUUUUCAAUGCAAUAUUCCUUAUUGAACCUUUAUUUGUUUUUAUUCUCAAGAAAAACUACAUUUGUUUCAAUAAUUUAAUUACAUUAUGUCUCUCAGAACUGUGCUAGAUGAACAAAAUCAAUUACUUUGUUAUAAAAAUCAUGUAAAUAUAUUUUAUGUGAUACAAUUUGACAUUGUUAUGAUAUAAAUUUUUGUUACGUUUAUGUAUUUAUAAGUGGAUUGAGAACAAAGUGUGCCAAAGGAAAAAGCAAAUAUAAUUGUUUCUUAGAUUAGUAAAUCCUUCUAAAUGUAAAUUAAACGUUUAUACUGUAUAGGAUUGUAGAUUUUGUAAAAAGAAAUGAAUUCACAAAUCCAGUUCUUCCAUUGUGAAUAUUUUAAAACUUAGCUUUCGCCGUUUCCUUAGAAUAGCUUAUUGCCCAGAUGUGUAUUGUUAACAAUGUAGUUUCGUCUGCUAUAGUUUUAUCGAUUGCAUUUGGAGAAAGAAAAUUUGUAGGUGAAAUAAAAUCCAAGAGUUAAAAUAUUAUUCAAAUUCUCAAGUGUUUUAUAGUGUAACAUCUAAAAUGUGAAAAUAAAAUUGAACAAUGUAUUGAAAUUUAAACUGUUUUUAAUGUUUCUCCUUAUAACAUUAGUCAACAAAUUUGAAAAUCGCUAAAUUAGCGAAAACAUUUGCACGGCAUGCUAUUUUUCAUAUGUAACAAAAUUCCUCAAUUUUUUUUCAAGUCAAAAAAUUCAAUCAAAGCUUUUAAGUCUAGGAUCUAAAAAUUUUUCGAAACGUAAAUAAUACAAAAUUUCAUCAUUAUAACAUCAUCAUUAUUGUUGUUUACUUUAAUCUCAAUUAUUCAAUUCAUAUUAAAGUUAUAACAUUCAUUGCAAAAUUCUCAUCAAAAUAACAAUGUUCAUUAUUAAAGUCUUAUUAAAGUUAUAUAGUUCAUAAUUAAAUUCUCAAAUUUUCAUUAAAUUUAUAAUGUCUAUUAAAUUCUCAAAAAAGUUAUAAAAUCAUUUAUUAAAUUUUCAUGAAAAUCAUAAUGCCCAUUAUUUACUACCCAUUAAAACUAUAAUUUUGAUUAUUUACGAUUUUUAAGAAUAAGUUUUUUUUUAGCGAUUUUUUUUAAUUUCACUGUCACUGAAAUUACCCUUUUUCUGCUAUGAUCAACCAGACAUGACACCUUAAAAAAUCUAUUGAAAAUUUUUUUUUCUUGUAUUUGCAUUAUCUAUCAUGGUGUUUUCAACAAAAUUCAUCGUGGCUGGCUGAACAUUGCAAAUUCUCGUAUAUUAUACAAAAAAAACAUCCCUUUUUACCAAAAUAUAAUUUAAAUCCCCAAAUGCCUUUUCCCAAUCACGGCCAUUUUUGAACAAAAAUAUCUUCUCGCAUAAGACGUUUUGCCGAAACGUGAUGGACUAUUUUGAAGUGGCUAUUUUUCCUUGAAUUUUACUUUUAUCUACCAAAAUAGUCAUCAGUUAUUUUUAUCUCCAUUUGCACGCUUCAAACUUAUAUGACAAAUACUAAUUUAAUCACUAAGUUAACGAGAAUUUAGUGUUAUUUUUAAAAGCUUUAUUUCCUUUAAAUAUAUAGACUCUAUUUUCUAAAAUGAGUAAUGAUAUAUAAUAUUUCCAUAAUGAUUUUGAAGUCAAUCAAAUUUCUUAAAUACAUGCGCGUUUUACGCCGCAAAGUAUGUAUGGGUCCUAGAUUAUUUGAAAAAUCUGAGUCUUUGUAAUACUGUCAUUUUAUAAUACACCAAGCUAUUUGGAAAAAUCUCCAGCAUUUUCUAAUCAGCCUGAUAGUUUUUAGGUACACUCUAAUGAGCCCAUUUAUAUCUAGGCUAAUUCGAAAAUAUUUAUUCCAAUUAGCAUGUUUUUAAAACGUUUGCAAUGAACCCAUAAUAGGAAAGGCUUCAUGCAAAGAGCCUAGUGAUGAAAAGGACUUAUUAAAAAGAAUGACAUUUACAAGGAGACGCAUUAGACAAAUAUCCUACGACAUCUACCCUAAAAUUUAUUUAUUGUGACUAGAGCCUUCCCUAUCAUGUGAGUUAAAAUACUAAUUUUAACAACUUUGCACCAUAAUAAUAGGGACACUUUUAAUGAUUUUCAAUAAAUGCUAUCAUUGGGCUAAUUGAAGUGUUUUUUUU